AUGCCAUCCAAUGGUCUCAUUCGUAGCUGUCUCAACCAGCCCAUCUUGGAAAUGCCCCAAAAAGUCGAGGUGACGAUAAAAUCCAGACCAGGCCCAGAGACAGAGCCAGAACCAGGUCAGGGCUUCCGGGUUCGAGGACAGUACCUUGCCGUAGUCCACCACCCUGACUUUGACCUGUCGCCCAUCUCACCCGCACCAGAGUCGUCGUCCCAGACACCUUACUCUCGAGUCUCUCGAGGGCUAGGCUGGAACUGGGACUGGGACGUCCGCCAAGUUCCGUCUCCUGCAGCCUUUGAGUCUCGCACACUGGCACUGACUACUGACACAGUCAACAGUAUGACUACCUUCAUUGCCUUACCUUAUGUAGGCAUACAGCUGCUAGCACAAACGAGAUACCUAGGAUCAGCAAGUCAGGAACCUUGGCUUCGUACCUCGGGGCAACAGGAUGGUCAGCGGCCGGCGAGCGGCGGCUACUUGCUAGGUAACGCUGCAGAGGCCGGGGAAGUUCGUACUUAG